AUGUUCAAGAAGUUCUCCAAAGCAGUCGCAGCGGCGGCUAACCAAGCCGCAGUUACAUAUACAAGCGGCACUAUAGAGAAAGACUAUGUAAUAGGGAAACAGACCGCCUCGGGAGGACACUGUUGUCUGUGGAGGAUACACAGCGCUACUAAUAAACAACACAAGAUUGUGGUGUCUGUAUUUAUAUUCGACAAACAAACGCUGAAUAAGUAUCCCGUACAAGACAGAGAAGUUGUACUGAAGAUGCUGAGAAGAGACGUAUCUCAGGUAUCGAAGUCGUCAUACAAGAAAUGUAUUGUCAUUGUGCGGUGA